AUGGCGUGGGAUCUGCACUCGCAGCAUCCUCCCUCCUGGGUGAAGUGUUCCUCACUCUUCGUGUCGUGCUCCAGAGCUGCCCUGGGACAGCUAAUCGAGGCCACCACAGAACCCCCCAAAAAGAAGCCGGACCCUGUGACUUCAGAGACGGUGGUGAUCUGGGGCCUGCGUCUCUGGCAGGUGAUUGGAAUCUUUGCCAUCUUUGUCCUGGCAGUCAUUAUUACCCUGUGCUGUAUCUUCAAGUGCCGGAUUCCCCGGACAAAGAAGGAGAUAGAGGCACGAUACGCUCAACGGCAAGCAGCCAAAACGUAUGCAGACAAACUAGAGACAGUGCCACCACUCAAUGAGCUCACGGAGAUCCCUGGAGCUCAGGUGGCAGAAGAAAAAAAAGAAGAAGUUCCCACUGUAUCUGGAAAAGUGGACAAGUCACAGGGCAAGAAAGAUGGCUCCAAAGACUCCAAGAAGAAGGAUGGCGAAAAGGACCAGAAAGAAGGAUCCAAAAAGGAAGGGAAGGAUGGGGCCAAGAAGAAAGAAGGAGAAAAAGGCGCUGGUGACAAGAAACAAGGUGGUGGAAAGAAAGGUGAAAAAGAAGCGGAAGCGGCAAAGUCAGGAGGAAGCACCAAAACUAAUGGCAAAGCUGGUGGGAAUGCCAGCACCAAAACCAAUGGCAAAGCUGGUGGGAAUGCCAAAGCUGCAGCAAAGAAGAAGUGA